AUGGCCUCGAGACGGCCCUACACAGACAACCCGGACGGCUCGCCGCCGGACAACAACAGCAACCUCGACGAAAAGUCGGCCGUGGCCGACAACGUGGCCGUGGAUGGCGGCGUGGAUGGCGGCGUGGAUGGCGGCGUGGAUGGCGGCGUCGACGCCACCGUCCACCAUCUCGCGGAGAAGCUGGGCGACCAGGAAGAUGGCAUCGCGCCCAUCGAGGACAUCGAGUACGUCAUGGACAAGGUCAAGGCCCUGACCGUGGCCGAGAGCCAGGAGAUCAUCGACUCGCUCCUCAAGUACCACGAGUACGACUACAACUUCUCCCAGGCCCAGCGCGUCAAGCUGGCCGCGCUGAGGGCCGGCCCCCUCGAGGGCCAGACCGCCGAGGACUGGCAGCUGGAGCUCCGCACCGAGGCGGCCAUCAACAAGUUCUACUCGCCGUACCCAGAGGUGCGCGCCAUCACCACGCCCACCGACGACGUCGACAUGCCCGCCGAGACGAUCCGCGCCCACCUCCUCGGCUACGUCUGGGCCGUGCUGGCCCAGUUCACCAACUCGCUCUUCAACUCGCGCUUCCCGGCCAUCACGCUGCAGUCGUCCGUCGUGCAGAUCCUCCUCUACCCGUGCGGCCUGUUCCUGGCCUGGGCCCUGCCCGACUGGGGCCUCACCGUCCGCGGCACCCGCUACUCGCUGAACCCGGGCCCGUGGUCCUACAAGGAGCAGAUGCUGUCCACCAUCAUCGUCGACGUCGGCCUCACCUCGGCCUACUGCUUCUGGAACAUCCAGACGCAGUCCAUCUACUACAAGGACCAGUGGCUCACCCCCGGCUACGGCAUCCUGCUGCUGCUGUCCACCCAGCUCAUGGGCCUCGGCUUCUCGGGCCUGCUGCGCCGCUUCGUCGUCUACCCCGUCGAGGCGCUGUGGCCCAACAUCCUGCCCACCCUGGCCCUCAACCGCGCCCUCCUGGUGCCCGAGAAGAGGGAGACGCUGCACGGGUGGAGCGUGUCCCGCUACAAGUUCUUCUUCAUCGCCUUUUGCGCCAUGUUUGUCUACUUUUGGCUGCCCGACUUCCUCUUCCCCGCCCUCAGCCUCUUUGCGUGGAUGACGUGGAUCGCGCCCAGCAACUUCAACCUCAACGCAAUCACCGGCUCCCAGGCCGGCAUGGGCUUCAACCCCGUCUCCAGCUUCGACUGGAACGUCCUGACCUCGUACUCGGCGCCCCUGGCCUACCCCUUCUUCGCCUUUACCCAGCAGUUCCUCGGGACCGUGCUGGCCGGCCUCAUCAUCAUCGCCCUCUACUACAGCAACGUCCAGUGGACGGCCUACCUGCCCAUCAACUCGUCCGGCAUCUUCGACAACACCGGAAACCCCUACAACAUCACCAAGAUCAUGGUGCCCGGCACCGGGCACAUGAGCGAGGACGCGUACAAGGCCUACUCGCCCGCCUUUUACAGCGCCGGCAACCUGGUCGUCUACGGGGCCUUCUUCGCCUUUUACCCGCUCACCAUGGUCUUCAUCCUGCUCGACGCCUGGCGCCCGCUCCUCCGGGCGUACAGGUCCAUGAUGGCCUCGGCCAUCUCGGCCGUGCGGCGGGCCAUUGUCGGGGCGAGGCGCGCGCUCGGCUCGCUCGGCCGAGGCAACGUGCGCGACGCGCUGCACCACCUGCGCGCCAUGCUGGACGACGGCACCUCCAUCUACGACUCGUACGACGACCCCUUCACCAACCUCAUGCGCAACUACCCCGAGGUGCCGGACUGGUGGUUCCUGAUGAUUGCCCUGGUCGCCUUCGUCUUUGCCAUUGUCGUCGUGACCAACUGGCCGCAGCUCGACACGCCCGUCUGGACAAUCUUCUUCGUCAUCGGCCUCAACCUCGUCUUCCUGAUCCCCAUGUCCUACCUCUACGCCAUCUCCGGCACGACAGAGGGCAUCAACGUGGUUACCGAGCUCAUCGUCGGCUACGCCCUGCCGGGACACCCCGAGGCCAUGAUGUUCGUCAAGGCCUUUGGCUACAACAUCAACGGCCAGGCCGACAACUACAUCUCGGACCAGAAGAUGGGCUUCUACUCCAAGCUGCCGCCCCGCGCCAUGUAUCGCGGCCAAGUCUUUAGCUGCAUCAUCACGGCGCUCGUGGCCUACGGGGUGGUGCAGUUUGUCGACACGCAGAUUCCGGGCAUCUGCACCCCCGACCAGCCGUCUCACUUUAACUGCGAGAACGGAUCCCAGGUCUACUUUGCCGCCUCCGUGGUCUGGGGCGCCAUUGGUCCGAAACGCAUCUUCAGCCAAAUCUACCCCGCCAUGAAGUACUGCUUCCUGCUGGGCUUCCUCUUCGCCAUCGUCUGGUGGACCGUCAAGCGCGCCGGAUCGCGCAUGCGGCAGGCCUGCCGGAGCGUCCUCCCCGCCCCCAUCUUCAAGCCCCUCGACGCCGUCGUCUUCACCCCCAUCUCCUGGCUCAAGCACGUGCACCCGUCGCUCGUCUUCAACGGCAUGCUGCAGUGGGCGCCCGUCAACCUCACCUACUUCACGGGCGGCCUGUACCUGUCCUUUGGCUUCAUGUUCUACCUCAAGCGGUACAAGACGGCCUGGUGGGAAAAGUACAACUACGUCCUGUCGGCGGCGCUGACGGGCGGCGUGGCCUUUUCCGGCCUCAUCAUCUUCUUCGCGGUGCAGUACCACCCCGUCGCGCUGGACUGGUGGGGCGUCAACGUUCUCAGCAAGACGAUUGACGGGGGGGCCGGCCAGGCCGCCUUGUUGACGGAGCUGCCGGCCGAGGGCUACUUUGGGCCGGACACCUGGUAUUGA